AUGUCAGAAUUCUCUCGAGGCGUCUCAUAUCAGGGUGGUUGUUGGGCAUGUGAUGUGGGCACGGCGGGCAAGAAGGAGUACUUUCUGUGCGCUGAGACGCCUGGUGCCGCCAGGGCGUGGGUCUCCACUCUGCGUGCAUGUGCACUGGUGCUCAAGGCACACCGGGAGGAGGUCAACGCACUCGGCUCCUCCUCCACUCCCCGUGCCACAGGCGCAGUGGCAGCUGCGACGGCAGCAGCCAAUGAAACGGCACGCAAGGCAGCACCAGAGGUAGCAGCGGCGAAUCAGAAGACAGUUCAGGCGAACGCGGCAACAGCAGGGAUACUCUCCUCCCUCCCCCUCUUCGCACCACCACCCCAGCCCUCGCCCCCCUCUUACACACGCAACCCCUCUCUCGAUUCCCAGCCCGCUGCAUCUUCCCCCACCAUGCUCCCUUCCUCCUUAGCUGCCUCGCGCUCUCUCCCCUCAUCCUCUGCUGCCUCUGCCUCUUCCUCUUCCUCCCCCACCUCCGCACUGCUUCCAUCAUCUCAUUCUGCGACCGCUGCCUCUUCCCAAGCAAGGCAGAAGGACCAGGAGAUCAAAACGCAGCAGCAGCAGCAGCAGCAGUCAAGAGCAGGAGCAGUAGCACCAUCCGCUGAUGCUGCAGCUGCAGCAGAGCUGGUCAAGACCAUUCGGUCACAGGAUGCAGAGAUGAGGCAGCUGUGGGGCAUCGUGAGGGAGAGAGACAGCACCAUCCAGGAGCUCGCUGCUCGCCUGGAGGAGGUAGCAGCGGCAGCAGAUGCAGCAGCAGACGCAGCGACGACAGCAACAAAGGAGCGGGACGCAUUGAAGCACUCUGCGAGCAAGCUAUGCGCGGACAUGGAGGGACGGUUCAGUGAGACAGAAAAGCAGAUGGCAGCUGCAGUGGGGGCGAAGGUGGCCGCUCAGGAGAGGCUGAAGGUGCAGCUGGCAUGGGCUGAUGCUGCAGAGGAGAAGGCAGAGAGGCUGGCGAGGGAGGUUGAGGAGAUGAGGGAGGCGAUGAGGAAGAUGAAAGAGGAGGUUGCUGCGAGUGCUGCUGCUGGUGGUGGUGCUGGUGGUGCUGCUUCUGGUGGUGCGUCUGGUGGUGUUGCUGGUGCAGGUGGAGCAGGAGGAGAAGGGAGUGGGGGGGGGGAGGUGGCGAAGGAGAGAGCGAGGGCGGAGAGUGAGAGAGAGAGGGCGGAGAGGGAAGCAGAGAGAGCGGAGAGGGAGAGAGUGAGGGCGGAGGGGGCGGAGGCAGCAAGGGAGGAUGCGGUGAGGGUGGCAGUGCUGUGGAAGGGCGAGGCAGACAAGUGGCAGAUGGAGGCUGCAAGGCUGGCCCAAGCAGCGCAUCUGCAGCAGCUGGUGCCGCUCAUUGCUCCCUCUGCGCCCACUCACCCCUCUGCUCCUCCCUACUCCUCCUUUUCCGCGCCGUCCACUCAUUCUGCCUCUUCCGACGCUCCAUCACACCCUGCUGCAAGUACUGGGACACAGGGGCAACAGAGCCAGCAGGAGGAGGAGCAGCAGCAGCAGCAACAGGAGCGGCAGCAGGAGCAGGAGAAGCAGCAGCAGAAGGAACACUAUCAGCAGCAGCAACAGCAGGCGGUGGAGGAAGCAGCAGCAGCAGCAGCAGCAGCAGCAGCAGCAGCAGCAGCAGCAGCAGCAGCAGCAGCGGCGGGUGACAUAGACAUGGACCCUUUGCAGCAGAGGCUCCAAGCCUUGCUCUCAUUCGCACCCCAAGACUCCUCCUCCUCCUUUCCCUCAGACCAUCCCUCUCCGCCAGGGGACGAUGCAUUCCAGGAAGGGAAUGCAGAUUCUUCUGCUCCUUACGCAUGGAAUUCCCACACUACUCACACCACUCACAACCCCAUGGGUACACCUGACGUCACCCCGUACAUGUCGUCAUGCUCUCCUUAUACUGGUGAUAUGCAGGGCCCCUCUCCUGACUCCCUCUUUACAGCCACAGAUGCCACAGCAGCAGCGGGUGCAGGCGGGGGUGCUGGUGCUGGUGUGGGUGUUGCUGCUGGUGCUGGUGCUGGUGAUGGCACUGCAGCUGCUGCUGAUUCCUCUGCUGGUCUUUAUCCCAUCAACCCGCUACCAAGUAGUGUGGCAACUGGGGUGGUUGAGGCGGGUCUGAGGAAGAAUGGAGCUGGUGAUGCGAAUGACGGAGCAUCUGGAGGUGCAUAG